AUGGCUGGUGAUUUAAUUUUGCUUGCGUCUGUCUCUCUUCUUUCUGCCUUCCAGCAAUGUCAUUUUGCUUGGCUGGUGGGGAAAUCAAGAAUGAAGCACAAGGUCAUGCCCCCAGCUGUCACUGGAGCUCCAGAAUUUGACAGAACAUUUCGUGCACAACAAAACUGUGUGGAGUUUUAUCCAAUAUUUCUGACUGUCCUCUGGACUGCAGGAUGGUUUUUUAAUCAAGAAUUAGCUUCCUUUCUGGGCGUGUUGUACGUGUUUGCCCGCUACAAGUACUUCCAUGGUUACGUACAGUCUGUGAAAGGAAGGUUAACAGGUUUUUAUUUGAAUUUGGUAAUUCUGAUAUGCUUGAUGACCCUGGGUGCAGCUGGGAUUGUUAACAGCUUUCUGGAUGAAUACCUGGACUUCAGCAUUAUGAAGAAACUACGUAAAUUGUUCUGA